AUGGUUAAGAGCAAUUUCGGCAAGUCCUCUAAGCGGGUGCCCGUCCGCUUAAGACACAAAAUUGAAAAGUCCUCUGUUGCCAAGCAGAAGAAGAUGAGAAAGCUUGCGAAACAGAACCCGGAAUGGCGGUCGAAGCUUAAGAAGGACCCUGGUAUUCCCAGUCUCUUUCCGUUCAAGGACAAGAUGCUACAUGAUAUCGAGGAGAAGAAGCGUCUGAAGGCGGAGGAGCAGGAGCGUAUAAGGGAGGAGGCCCGCGCUCGCAAAGUUGAGGCUAAGCAGGCCAAGGCUAGCGGCCAGCCCGGCGUGGAAAUCGACGAGAACGAUCUGGACGAAGAUAUGGAUGUAGAGGGCGAUGAAUCCAACCCUAUGGCGGCACUGCUUGCCUCUGCGCGCGCCCGUGCUGCUGAGUAUGACGACGACGAAGAUGACGAGGAGAUGGAGGAGGACGAGGAUGAGAUGGAGGAGGACGAUGAGGAAGGUGCCAUGACCUUUGACACCGCUGUUCCCGAUCUCGUCGACGCACACAACCCCACCAAGGAGAGCUCACGGCGCCAGUUCGACAAGGUCUUCAAGACCGUUACUGACAAUGCCGAUGUGGUCCUCUAUGUGCUCGACGCCCGCGACCCCGAGGGCACUCGCUCGAAGGAGGUGGAGCGUGAAAUCAUGGCUGCCGAUGCUGGCUCCAAACGUUUGAUUCUCAUUCUGAACAAGAUCGAUCUCGUCCCGCCGCCAGUGCUCAAGGCCUGGUUGGUUCACCUGCGCCGCUACUUCCCUACCCUCCCAUUGAAGGCAUCCAACGGCUCAGGCAAUGCCCACUCUUUCGACCACAAGCAGCUGACUGUCAAGGGUACUUCGGAUACUCUCUUCCGCGCUCUUAAGUCCUACGCACACAGCAAGCAAUUGAAGCGUUCUAUUUCCGUUGGUGUCAUCGGUUACCCCAACGUUGGCAAGUCGUCCGUCAUCAAUGCUCUUACCGCUCGUCUCAACAAGGGCUCCAGCAACGCUUGCCCCACGGGUGCCGAGGCCGGUGUCACCACCAGCCUGCGCUCCGUGAAGCUUGACAACAAGCUCAAGCUGAUCGACUCGCCCGGUAUCGUUUUCCCCAGCUCCAACGGAAAGACCACCAAGAAGUCCAAGGAGAACGAGCAGGCCCGCUUGGUCCUGCUGAACGCCAUCCCUCCCAAGCAGAUUGAGGACCCCAUUCCUGCAGUCAACCUGCUGGUCAAGCGUCUUUCCGCAUCAGAGAACCUGAUCGCCAAGAUGCUCGAGGUCUACGGCAUCACCUCCCUCUUCCCGGUAAAUGGUGACAAGACCACCGACUUCCUGAUCCAGGUUGCCCGCAAGCGCGGUCGUCUUGGAAAGGGUGGUGUGCCCAACAUCGAGAGCGCCGCUAUGACUGUGAUCAACGACUGGAGAGACGGACGUAUUCAAGGCUGGGCUAACGCCCCUGUUCUGUCCGUUAACACUGUCGCUGAUGUUGGUACAGCUACCGAUGCUGGACCUGCUGCGGACACCACCCAGGUCGUUAGCGAGUGGGCUAAGGAAUUCAAGAUCGAGGGACUCUGGGGCAACGGCGAGGGUGACGAUGAGGAGAUGGCCGAGUAA